AUGGAAAAUGGACCCAAUUCCGAAACUGUUAACAAUAAUUCGACCAAUCUUGAAAUCAACAACGCAACCCCUGUGUCGGAUCAUCAGAGCUUGAAUCUGGGUCAUGGAACUCGAUUUAAACCUUCUUCUGUUCAAAAUCUGGUAACAUUAGCAACUAGUUCCACCAAUUAUACUCCUGCUUUCGGCUCCAAGUUUUCAAAUCACAAUUCCUCAUACACGAACAACUGGUCUAAUCAAGAAGACGACAACGAAGAUGGAUAUCUUGAUGAUUCUACAAUCAAUGAAACCCCGAUUCAUCUGGGGUACAAAAAUCACAAGACUUCUCCGUUCACUGGUGAAAUUCAUAUAAAACCCUCGAAUCCUUCUCAAUAG